AUGACAAUUGGAUCUUCGAAUGUUCCAAUUACACCUGAGGAUCCUACGGAAGUUCAAACUGAAAAUGGUGGGACGCGCAGAGGUCGAGGACGUACGCUACUUAGAGAGUUAUACGAGUUAGAUCCAGUUGAGCGUGUCAAUGUAUGCAGAAACAGUUUUGGUCAGCCUGUUGGAUCAGAAGCUCGACUUUUAGCAGGAUACAUGGGCAUUUUAGCACGAAAUGCGAAUAUGUUGCCUAUCAACUACGAGUCAUGGCGUCAAAUGCCCAAUAGCAACAAAAACCAAGCCCUCGAUAAUAUUAAGGCGAGAUUUGCUUUAGAGGUCUCGGAUGCUUAUGUAAAGAAGGCAUUGGGAAAAAAAUGGAGAGACAAUAAAAGUACUUUGAAGAAAAAUUAUUAUAAGACAAAAACAACCCUCGAUGAGAAAUUGCAAAAUGUCCCGCUGGGUAUGUUGAGGUACCAAUGGGAAGAUGCGGUUAGAUUUUGGCAUUCUCAAAAAGGCGAGGAUCGUGAACGAGUUGGAAAAAGUAGCCGGCAGCAACAAAAAUUCACUCACAUAGCCCGGUCGAGAAGUUUUGCAUGUGUAGCUGAGGCAGUGGAAUGGUCGUCCGGUCAAAAAGUUGGAUGCCUUCAACUUUUUGAAAUUACACAUAAGAAGAAAGAUGGAUCUGCUAUGACUCCUGAAGCUGGUGAAAUUAUGGAAAAACUAAAGGAAAAAAAGACGGAGUUCGAAGUGAUUGCUUCUAGUGAUAGUUCUGUUCAUCUUGAAGACAUUAAUAACCGGAUUAUUGCUGAAGUUUUGGGUCUUGAAAAGUAUGGUCGGGUUCAAUUUCAAGGAUCUUUUAUCAGCCCAACCCAAUAUUUUGGAUCCAGCUCGCACCAAUACAUGGCUUCGGGGACUCAAUCUCAAGCUGAAGUUCAGAGGUUAAAAGACCAGAUAGCUCAGAUGCAAGCGACCACAUUUGAGGUUCAAAGGAAAUAUGAAGAACUUCAACAACAACUUAAAGCAGAUGCGGCAGUGAGGGAACAGAUGCUACAGCGAGAGAAGCAGAGGCCACAGCGAGAGAAGCAGCGAGAGAAGCAGCAAUAGAAGUAGAGGUUCAAAAGAAAUAUGAAGAACUACAGCUACGACUUCAAAAAGAUGUGGCAUCGAGAGAAGCAGAGCAGAGCAAAAUGUACGACGAACUUCAACAGCAGCUUCAGACUAUGAUGAAGAUGUUUCAGCCGUCGCAACU